AAUGCUAUUGCUUAUAUUUUACAUAUUGAUAGGAAUAUUUUUCGCGUUCCUUUCGAAAUGUUCUUUUUGGAGAUAUAAAUAUAGCACGUUGAUGCCAGGAAGAAAACCGAGUGUCUUUAAUAUUCUUGGAGAUAAUGGGGAAUUGAUAGAUUUUAGACAUUUAGGAUCUAAGUACUCGAUACAUCUCAGAUUUAUGGAUGUACUGAGAAAUCUAAAUAAAACCUUUCAGAAGAAACAUUUGUUCUGUGUCUGGAUUUUAUACACGCCUUUUGUAUUUCUUGUCAAAGCUGAGGCUGUAAAGGAAGCCUUGAGUGGAAAUAAGAUGAAAGAAAAGAGUUGGAUUUAUAAAUUCAUGAGACCUCUAUUUGGUUAUGGUUUAGCUACGAGGCCACAUGUUACAUGGAAGCCCCGACGCAAGCUGCUAAACCGUUGUUUCCAUCCUGAUAUUUUGAGAGGCUUCUUGCCGGUUUUUAAUGAACAUGCUCAAGAACUCGUUAAGGUUUUUCGAAAAUCUGAAAAUAAAUACACUGAAAUAUCUCAUACGAUAGCACUUUGUGCUCUGGAUAUAAUUUGUGAAACUGCUUUCGAUAUAAAGCUUAAAACUCUUGAAAAUAACGAAUCACAAUAUGCGAAUGCAGUUCGAAGGUUGAGUGAAAUUCUUCUGAAUAGAAUGUAUUCAUUUUGGCUGUGGCCAGAGGUCAUAGCUUGGAAUUCGCCAAUCGGCAAAGAAGCCAAAGUUCAUCUUAAAUACAUGAGAGAAUUCACAGAAAAGGUAAUUCGUGAGAAGAAAGAGCGCUAUUUAUCUCUUGGACCUGGAGCUGACAAAGGAAAGUGCCAAGCAUUGUUAGAUGUACUUCUGAAAUUGCACUUAGUUGAACAUGAAUUGACAGAAGAAGAUGUCAAACAUGAAGUAGACACAUUUGCUUUAGCGGUAAAAAUUUAAUUAU